AUGGCCGAUUCUCUACACAAUGCGCCUAUAGUCCUCGAUAACGGAUCUGGCACUAUUCGAGCCGGUUUCGCAGGCGAUGACCUACCAAAGUGUUUCUUCCCGUCAUGGGUUGGCCGUCCGAAACAUCUGAGAGUUCUCGCAGGUGCCCUCGAGGGCGAGGUGUUCAUAGGGCAAAAAGCGGCUACGGAAUUGCGAGGAUUGCUCAAGAUUCGGUACCCUCUCGAGCAUGGCAUUGUCACCGACUGGGACGACAUGGAGAGGAUUUGGGAAUACGUCUAUGGAGAAGGGCUGAAGACUCUCAGUGAGGAGCACCCAGUUCUAUUGACAGAACCUCCGCUGAACCCCCGAAGCAAUCGCGACACGGCCGCCCAGAUCCUUUUCGAGACAUUCAAUGUCCCCGCACUUCACACAUCCAUCCAGGCUGUACUAUCACUAUACGCCAGUGGCCGAACAACCGGUAUCGUUCUCGACUCAGGUGAUGGUGUUUCUCAUGCUGUGCCGGUCUACGAGGGCUUUGCCAUGCCCAGCAGUAUCCGUCGAAUUGACGUGGCAGGCCGAGAUGUGACUGAGUACCUACAGACGUUGCUACGGAAGAGUGGAUAUGUAUUCCACACGAGUGCUGAGAAGGAGGUGGUUCGGUUAAUCAAGGAGAGCGUCUCGUAUGUUGCUCACGACCCACGGAAAGAGGAGAGGGAUUGGGUCGGUGUGAAGCCAAAUGAGAGCAAGUUUGCCGAAUACGUACUUCCAGACGGCUUCAAGCUUAAGGUUGGCGCUGAACGCUUCAGAGCACCUGAGAUCCUCUUCGACCCUGAGAUUAUUGGUUUGGAGUACCCGGGCGUGCACCAGAUUGUUGUCGACGCCAUCAACCGAACAGAUCUCGACCUGCGAAAAUCCCUUUACAGCAAUAUCGUGCUCUCUGGAGGUAGCACACUAACGAAGGGCUUUGGUGAUCGUCUGUUGACGGAGUUGCAAAAGUUGGCUGUCAAGGAUAUGAGAAUCAAGAUCUUUGCGCCGCCGGAGAGAAAGUACUCGACUUGGAUCGGAGGCAGCAUUCUUGCUGGUUUGAGUACUUUCCGAAAGAUGUGGGUGAGCAUUGACGAUUGGCAUGAGAACCCCGACAUUAUCCAUACAAAGUUCACAUAG